GACGCAAUCCUGCUUGACGCUCCUGCUCACUCCCAUGGUCCAUAUCUGCUCGUGAUGAGGCAGUUGGACUGCGUCUCAAGGCCAAGAUGAAGGUUGUCACGCAAGUUCAGCCUUUCUCCAAGCCACUUGGUCGCCUUGGUUCACAUCCUCCACAUGCCAUAUCACAUAUAAAACCUUUAAGGACUCAUAAUGCCAGAUACCUUGUUGUGAGCGCGGCACAGGGCCUCGACUCUGCCUCAACAGCAGGACUGCGUGUGUUUUGCCUGCCUGUCAAAGAACUUACACCAGAGAGCUUUCGACCAUUCGGCCAGGUGGUCGGGCCCUCUGACGACGGGAAAGAAUUUGAUGGGGAAGACGCGCAGCUUGUUCUUGACCAGGGCACUCCAAGGUUUUACGUCAUGCGGCUGCCAAAGAGAGGGAUGUCCUUUGACCGCAUCACAUACCAUGCCAAGGUGACACAGUGCCUGGGCGCCAUUGGUCUGCAGCCCUGGUACAUGGCAGUAGCUGCCCCUUCUGGCUCUGUGGAAGAGUGGCCAAGGCCAGAGCAAGUGCAUGCAUUCCGGAUCCCACCAGGGAACUUCAUCAAGCUGCAUGCAGGCACAUGGCAUGCUGGCCCUCUGUUUGAGGGAGAGGACAGCAUGGCUUUCUACAAUCUGGAGCUGUCAGACACUAAUGUGACAGAUCACAACACACACAUCUAUAAGGAAGACGGUGUAAUGUUUGUGCUGGAAGACUGAUGAUGUUCAAACGAAUGCAUAUGCAAGUCAGCACUGAAGUGUGCUCCAUGCUUGACAUGCACUCUGUCAGCAAAGUCUGUGUGUGGACUUUGUGGCAUGCUGCUAGCUGUAGCUGUUUACAUUCCAUUGAUUUUGAAGCUGCAAGCUGUUGGGUGACUGAGAUCACAAGGAGUGAGCCUCAGUACAUUCGUCAACUCUUUAUAGUUCUGGCUUGAACAGGACCUGGGCCGCGGCCGUGUACAUGGCAUUUUUAAUUACUACUUGCCGAGCAAGGCUGCACAUAGCGCGGCCUAAGAAUAGCCUGCACAUCUUCUCUCCAGGUGCUUGAAGAUAACUUGUGAGCGCCAAGCGUUCCCUCACACUGAAGGAGCUGCGGUUACCCUGCUGGACAUUGAGCAUGGACGCCAGUGCCCCACAUAUAAAGCAGGCCCUCACACAUGGGGAACAGUCCAGGAGAUCUGCUGCCAGCCUGCAGCUUUGCAGGCAUCUCACCAAUGAGAUGUAAUUAUCAUUAUUAUUA